CAGGUCAAAAACUAUAUAUUCUCUUUCCUUCAUAUUUCCCAUCAAACUGAGAUUAUUAUUUUUAUUUAAAUUCGAUCAGGCUUUCGGCGGGAUUUUUCGAUUACCAAAAAUUUCACAGCAAAGAAAGCUUUUGGAGAUUCGUUAUGGAGGAUUUUACCGAUGAACUAGAGCCCUUGUUCGAUUACAGGCGUAUUCAACCACUCAAUGUCGUAUCCCUCGAUGACGAUGAUGAACCGAAUGCUUCUCCAGCUUCUCCGAAAAGAAGGAAGGUUUCGAACUCUGAGGCUGAGAAGGUGGUGAAAAAUGGGAAAUUAGUUCAUAUACUUGACAGUGAAGAAAAGGAAAACGAGGAUUGGCUACCCCCUCCACCCAAAAUUUCUCGUAAUGCUAGGAUCCUUGCUGAAAAUUCCACCAUUAAAGAGUUGAGGUUAAAGAAUAAAGAGCUAGUAUCGUUUGCACGAUCGACCCAAGAUGUAUUGCAAGCUAUAGAGGAGUCUGCAAAGAAAGAGCUCAGUAAAUCAUUGAUGCUUUCUUUGGAGGCUGCUGCGGAUCAGCCUUCAAAACCUUGUGCUGAAAGAGCUAAAAUAGUUAUUUCUAUCCAGGACAAAGAUGGACUCAAACAAUUUCGUGUAUACAUGGAUGAUAAAUUCGAGCGGCUAUUCAAACUAUAUGCCGAUAAAGUUAAGCUUGACCUGCAGACCCUAGCAUUUUGCUUUGAUGGGGAUACAGUAGGUCCAGAAUCAACCCCUGAAUCUCUGGGAAUGGAGGAUAAUGACCUUAUCGAAGUUCAUGUUAAGUCAAUCCGAUGAGGAUUUUGAUUCAAGCAGAAAGAACAUAAGCUAUGGUUUUGGGAGGCCAGAAUGCACUUGGUGUUUAGUCUUUUUUCGGUUACAACUAUUGUCUCGUUGUUUCUUCUUCUUCUUCUUCUUCAUUUUUCUUUUUAGGGUUCAAUACAUGGUCAUAAGUGUACAGCUUCAAUUAAAUUUCUCUAUAGGUACAAGAGUAGUUAAAAACUAAAAGUCAGACAAGAUAAAAUGCAACUUUACUUUACUGAACUUGUUUUGGAUUAAUGGCAAGUGAUAAUGUGUAUUCUGGCAUGUACUAAUUUAGCUCAUUGACUUGUCUUUUUCA